AUGGCAGCGACGACGAUCGGCACACUGGCAGCUGCUCACUCAAGUGGAGACCUCCUGGUCGUCCUGAAGGACCUGAAGAAUUCGGUCAUUGGGAAUACGUGGAAGAAGGUGCAGGUUGCGGGAGAUGAUGAGGUGUUGGCCUUUCUGCUGCAAUGGCUAGAACUACCGGUCGACCCCAUAGCCAAUCCCGCUUCCAUCGAUAUCAUUGUCGAAAUAGCAGUCAUCAUUGGCGCUCUAUCAAAUGUCGGAACGCUCACCUUGCGCCCCCUUCUCCUCUCCCAAGCCCCUACUCGUCUGUUAAACUGUAUUCGAGCCACCUCCAACUCUCGGCGUCUCUCAGCCUCCGACCGGGUCCGUCUACUGUCAGCACUGCUGAGGGCACUGAGGAACGUCUUGGUGGCCACAGCGGAUCUGGUUUGGGGGUACAUGCGGGGCGUGAGCCUGCGCCGAAGGGUGGUGGAUACGGGCCUGGCCGGGCCGGGAGAAAGCAGGGUGUCCGAGGCCGGAGAUACGGGGGGUGGCGCCACUGCGGCGAAGAAGGCGAAGGGGAAGGAGGUGGACAGAGGUCCUGGUGGGGGCGGAGGGAAAGGAAUGGCCGCCGGCGUUCUGUCGAUGGUAUUUGAGAAAGAGAACCUCGACACGCUCCUCGCUCUCCUGGACUACUCGACAAAUCUUCAAAUCAUGCUACCGCUAUACCAACUCCUAGCCCGGCUCAUCGCCCUCCCCUCACACCGCGAAGCCCUCGCUAGCUGGUCUCCGCCAAAACACCACCCCUCGUCGUCGGAAACUUCCUCUUCCCUCUUGUUCAGCUCCUCAAAUACACGUCUGACGGGCUCUACCACUUCGCCCGCAUCAACCAGGUCCGGUCCCAAGGGUACACCAUACAUUCUCGCCCACUUGCUAAGCACGAUCUCGCCGCCGGCUCCUUCUAGCGGCAUACCGGGCUUACCGGGCGGCGCAAGUACAGCGCGCCGGAAUCCCAAGAUGUUAGAAGCGACUCUGGACCUCCUUGCUGCUUUGUUGAAGGGACAGCCGGAUCUGGCGGCGGUAGUACGUGACUGGCCGGUCGCAGGUGGGUCGGAAGGGAUCGAUGAGAGUGAGGAGGGAUUUGUGGGUGAGCUGAGGGGGUUGAUGGGUGGGGCAUCGACACCUGUCAGAAUCGCCGCUGCGAGCUGCAUCACCAAUCUUGUCAAAGCAGAGUGUCCGGCUGGGCUUUCGCCUAUCGAAGACACCAGUGUCAGGCGCGGUGUACUCAAGCGGCAUACUCUUGACGUCAUUGUGGAGCUAUUGAAGGGUGAUGGGGUGGAAGAUCGGAUCAAGCUGUGCUUUGUGCUAGCGUCAUUGGUGAGCGAUGAGUCUAGUCUACAGCGGGCGGCAGCAGAUCGCGGAUGUCCGACUGCAUUACUGGGCUUCUAUGUCAAGCUCGAAGAUGAAGAGUCUCGAGAUGAACUGGGUAGCGACCCCGCUAGCCGAGCUCGAGAAUCCAUCCUCCUCGCACUCGCCGCCCUGGCUUUCCAGACCGAAUCCAAUCGCGCCCUUAUCGCAGAAUAUCAGCCCCCGUUCCUCCCUCACCUGCUCCGAGCACUCCGACACCCAUCUUACGGUGUCCGAGCGGGAGGUUGUCAACUCGCUCGCGCGCUCAGCCGCAGCAUAGCGGUUCUGCGGACGAAUCUGAUCGACUCGGGCGUAGCGGAUGAGGUGAUUGAGCUGUUGAGGCGGGAAUGUAGUGGGUCGGGAUGGGAAGGUGCGGGCGAGCGGGUCGGGAUGGACGAAGGGGUCAGUUCGGAAGAUAGGGGUUGGGCGGUAGAGGUCGCUGCGAUGGGGACGCUGUGCAAUCUUGUGCCUGACUUUUCACCAUUACGGACCAAACUCCUAGCGAAUGGAGGUCUGAGCCUGCUCAUUUCGCUCACUCGGUCACCACAUGAACCACUCGCCCUCAAUGCGCUCUGGGCAGUGAAGAAUCUCACGUUCCGGGCGGCAGAAGGGAUCAAGGCAUCCGUCAUGGCCGAGAUGGGAUAUGCUCCACUCAAAAACCUGAUGAUGCCAUCCACGCCCACCCCACUCCGGGUCCAGGCAUUCUGCAUAUUGCGGAACCUGGUGGCGGAUCAAACGCCGGCCGAGCUCAGUCGGACUACAGAAGCGUUUGGAGAGGAUCGGCUGUUGGAUGUCCUCCAGUCCGGGUUGAGGGAUAAAGAUCAAGAUAUGCAGGCUGCUGCGCUCUUUACAGUGGCGAAUCUCGCUUUGGGGAACGAGCGGAUGCGUCAGGCGCUGGUCUCGCAUGUCGACCUCAUCGAGGGGCUGAGUGAUGCUCUGAACUCAAAUUCGGACGACGUCAAGCAUGCCGCCCUCAAAACCCUUCGGCACCUCAUCGAAGCCUCGACGCGAUCACGCCGGCCCCGACAAGCCAUGCUGGAGCUGUUUCUGCCUUAUCAGCUCCGCCCGAGAGUACAGGAAUUGAUGGACAACAGUGAGGGGUUUGAUGUUCGGCAUGCGGCGGGUGGGUUGUUGGAAGUGUUGGAGAGAGGGAGGGGAGAGGUUGGAUUUGGGACGGCGAGGUGA